GGGGAGAGGCCGUGUUGUCCCUUACAGAGAAUGUGUGUGAAAGGUGCAGCAAUGAACUACAUGCCAGGGACCGCCAGGCUGAUCGAGGAUCUAGACAAGAAACACCUGGUACUGUUGCGCGAUGGACGGACCUUGAUCGGAUUCCUGAGGAGCAUCGAUCAGUUUGCUAAUUUGGUGCUCCACCAGACUCUGGAACGGAUUUAUGUGGGUCAGAAAUACGGAGACAUCCCUCGUGGAAUAUUCAUUGUGAGAGGCGAGAAUGUUGUCCUGGUGGGCGAGAUAGAUCUGGACAAGGAGAGCGCAUCCACCCUCCAGUGUGUGACCGUCGAGAAAAUUCUGGCAGAUCUGCGGCAGGAGAAGGAGGCCAGGAGCAGGGCGGAGAAGCUGAAGAUCCAGGCGUCCAAGGAGCGUGGGCUAAUGCUUCCCUACCCGGACUCCCUGGAUGAUUACUAGAGAUGAUGGAGUGGGAACAAGCACGCCAUCUUCAACUUGAGAACCUGAGGACAUAACAUGGUGUAAAUUUUCCCAACUCCUGUAACGUUAGAAUUUAUUGAAGCUGUCGGAGAUAGUGUUAGCAGCUGACAAUGUUGCUCCACCAUGAUAUCUCCUGAAGUUAACCUCAGAGGUUAUAUGGGGAAAAUAUACAUUUCAAACUUAAAACCUUCUCUGGACUGGCUUUCUCAUCGUUGGCCACAAGGUGUGGAGGGAUGAUUAUUCAAUUUCGAAAUUGAUUGAAGACCUGAAGGGUCUCUUAAAUGAAAGAAAGUGUGGGCUAAAUGAUCACUAAAUUAUUGGGUCCAGUAAACAGGGAUGUGAUCUCCUCCCCUCGGUGUUAAUUGGAUAGCUGCUUGCAAUUGUGACCUCCCACCACCAUUGAUCAAAUGGCUUUGGCCAGUAUGAUCUUGCCAAACUAGUCCAGUAAGUUGGGUUGACAUUCUUUUGACUCGGUUACACUUUGUGGCAAAGGGGCUCCAUUUAUACUGUGAGGGAGUUGCAGGAUUUACACACUGAGGUAAGAGUGGUCUGUCUGUAUUGCAUAGUAGAAGUUUGGAGCCCUCCUGAUGUUUAUUAGAUCUUUCCCCAUAGAUACAUAGCCCACAAAUAUUGUCAGACAUGAUGCAUCACGAGGACCUGGCUAUGGUUGUGAUAGAAGGGAUUCAUUCCUACCAAUCGAGAACUACCAGUUCUAAAUUCCAAGUCCAGUAUAGAAAGAAGUUUACACAUAAUAGACUAGAUCCCUUCAUCGAUCUGUUCAAAGUUGGGUUGAAAUGAAGCUUGACUUCAAUCUUUUCCAGAUAGUAGAACAUUCUACAUAUCAAGCAGCAAACUGCUGUGAUUAUUUUUUUUUUCUCUCUCUCCCCCUGAAAGGAACUAUUUGGUUAAUGAUACCAAAGGCAUAUUAAUUUUCAAUAGAAGGCAGGGGCGUGUGCUUUAGAAGACCGGAGGUCUUGGGGGUGAUGGUGCUCCCACGAUCGCUCUGGAUGGAGACUUCGGGUUUCUAACAAGACAAACAGUGGCAGAGGGAAGACUGCACACCAGUACAUUUGGUCGAUGGAGCCAGGUUUGGCUUUCUUGUGCACAGGCAGAAAGAUAGUAACAGCACUCCCUUAGCUUAAAGAUUGGAUUUGGUUCUAAUGAGAAUGUGAUGCUUGCUUGUUUUCACUGUAAAUCUCAAAUAAAUUCUUCAGUUCAUCUUCAGUG